ACCUUUGUGUCUGCACUCUGGCCCCAUAAAGACUGGAGCGAGACAAAACCAAUCAUACAAGGCGAGCGCCGGGGAGACGCCGGAGCAAGACGAAGCCGGCGGCCAUGGAGACCUCGGAGGCGGAGAAGGAGAUGAGGGAGUGGUGCGUCGCGCUCCCCAAGGUGGAGCUCCACGCCCACCUCAACGGCUCCGUCCGCAACUCCACCCUCCUAGAACUCGCAAAAGAACUAGGCGACAAAGGAGUGAUUGUCUUUGAGGAUGUUAAGGAUGUGAUCAUGAAGAAUGACAGAUCUCUCCCAGAGUGUUUUAGGCUCUUUGAUUUGUUUCAUAUACUUACGACUGACCAUGAUACAGUGACAAGGAUCGCCAAGGAGGUUGUGGGAGAUUUUGCUGCCGAGAAUGUUGUGUAUUUGGAAAUAAGGACGACACCUAAGAAUAAUGAAGCAAAGGGGAUGACCAAGAGAUCAUACAUGAAUGCUGUUGUUAAAGGACUUAAGUCUGUUGAAGACGUCGACGUUGUUCUAUUUGAUUCUAACUUAAGAAACGAUGAAACACCUAUGAGUGAUUUGAGUGGCGACACAAAGAGAAAGAAGAUAUAUGUUAGGCUCCUUCUGAGUAUUGACCGUCGUGAGACAACUUCUGCUGCAUUGGAUACUGUUAAUUUAGCCAUGGAAAUGAAGGACCAGGGUGUAAUUGGCAUUGAUCUCUCUGGCAAUCCAGUUGUAGGGGAAUGGGAGACAUACCUGCCUGCUCUAGAACAUGCUAAAGAGCUGGGAAUCCCCACCACAAUUCACUGUGGUGAGAUGAAAUUAGAGCUUAGUGAACAACAGGUACCAAACAGGAAGGAAAUCCAAGCAAUGCUGGAUUUCUGCCCUCAAAGGCUAGGUCAUGUCUGUUGCCUCGACGACGAAGAGUGGAAGAAGCUCAAGUCAUCGAUGAUCCCGGUGGAAAUAUGUUUAACCUCCAAUGUUAUGACCGGAGGCGCCCCUUCUCUGGAGCUUCAUCACUUUGCUGACCUUUACAACGCGAAACACCCUCUGUCGAUAUGCACCGAUGAUUCUGGCCUCUUUUCGACGAGCCUCUCAAAUGAGUAUUACCUCGUCGCGUCUACCUUCGGCCUUAGCAAGACCGAGCUGUUUCGGCUAGCCCAGGGCGCUGUGGAGUUCGUGUUCGCCGACGACAAGGUGAAGAAGUCACUGAGGGCGGUGUUUGAGCGUGCGGCGGCGGAGACGCUCGCAAGUUAGGCCUCCUCCGUCGGCCUUGCUCUCCAGUGUAUUAGUAAUUUAGUGGUAUGUGACUGUGUGUUUCCGGAGUAGAUCAGGAGGAGAUGAAUAGAAUAGAAAUCUCACGUAGUACGGUGUGCGCCCGUGCCGGAUCAAAUGACGCACCGUGAUUCAGUUACCUGGACAUGACGGCGAUUCAGUAUUCCAUUUUCCCUGAACCAGAACAGUUGUUCGGUUUGGUUCGUGUCAACGGAAGCAUACGGGGUCCA